AUGGUUAUAUGGAAAGAACUUGUGUUUUUGAUCCACUCUCUUCUCACAGCUUUUGAGGCACUAAUCUUAACAUCAAGAAUUAGUUUACGUCCAUUCAGAGAGACGGACAUUGAUGAUGUGUUGUUAUGGGCAGGAUCAUCAGGUAAUGACAAGACUCGAGCAGAUAUAGGUUUUGCGAUUACAUUUGAGUAUUGGGGGCACGGGAUUGCUAUUACUGUACUCAAAAUGGCAAUCCCUCGAGUAUUCAAUGACUUUCCUGGAAUAGUAAAGCUUCACGCUUUUGCUAUUUUGGACAACAGGGCUUCUCAUAGGGUUUUAGAGAAGGCUGGGUUUAUCUACCAGGGUUCAGUAACUAUGCAUGGCAAUUUCAAGAAAAAUGUAAAUGUGAGGGAUUUUGUAAUUUAUACUUUACUAUCCACAGAUUACAUUCCUCAAAGUUCAUGA